CACUCGCAACGUCGUCGGCAUUUGCGGUCCAGAAGACGACGAUACUGCAACAACUCAUGGCGCCUAAUGUCUUGGACACGAGCGGCUCCCAUGAGGACAUGGUAGAUGUCGGUAUUCGAAAGCUGGUGAAUGAGAUCAACGAGAUAGACACACUUGCGACGACAAACAGCUGCGCUGGCCGCAUCGUUGUGUGCCUGGAAGGCAGAACUUUGACGGUGCCGCCCUCGAAUCUAGACGAUAAUGCGCGAAUCUCUGGUGCUGCGGAAGGAGAUGGUGGUCAGGCACUGUUUGUAUCGCAUGACCCGUUGCCACUUUCGGGAAAGGGGCCUGUAGCUCCAAUGUUGGGGCUAUCUGACCAUACCAAUCUGGGUGUUCCUCCAUCUAUCGACGGCGUGAGAUGGGUACGCUGCAGGUUCGAACCCAUGGUAGGAUACGAGGGCGCUGAUGGAAAGCUGAUACCCAUGGUCACGGAGGCAUACAUGCGUGUUCUCGUCGAACUCUGCAACGAGAGAUUCCUCACCAAUAAGCAGAAAACAGAAGCAUUUCGGGAAGCAUUAUUCGCAAGAUUUAAACCCCAGCAGGUACAGUUUACGGGCCCCUCCGCUUGGGAACCUCUUGAACAGCGGAGGGCGAGGAUGAAAGAGGAUGGGAUUCGACGUCAGGCAGAGACAGACGUGCAGAAGGCUGUAGAUGGA